GGAUGACCUGCAAGAGCAGCCCCCUCAGUGCCCGCUGUCCACGAGCUGCCCCUGUGCCACCCAGAUGGGACAGCACUGCCUCCCUCCAAAAGUUGUCUUCAGGAGGGUGGGCAGAGCAGUGUGUAUUGAGGGGGUGCUCGCUGUUUACUCUAAGGGGAUUUUUCUGGAUGAGAUGGUUCAGUUUUAAAACAAAUAGGUGAAUAAAGGGGAGGGAACACACACACACACACACUUAACACCCCUGCGCCUGCCUGCCUUAGCUGCUGGGGGUUGGGCACUGCAUGAUUUUGAUGGAUAAAUCCAGGAGAGCAGGACUGCCAGGGGAAAACACCCUCCCCCGCGAGGACUUCGGGGCCAAACUGAGGGGAUCCCAGGCAGCAGGAGGCUGUGGCGAGCUGAGGUCCUGCGAGAUGUGUACAGCCAGCAGCCAUCCCCACAACGGCACCGACUGCAUCUGGGUGGGCUGCAGGACCCCCGAGGAGCCAGGAACAGGGAGCUGCGUGCAGAGAGGGUCAGCGGUGCGGGAGACCUGUGCACUCUACAACACCAGCGCCCUGUGCCGAGCACUGAAGUCCCACACGGAAGAGCCUCCACGGUCCCACAGCAAGGAGCCAGUGACACACUCCACAAGGACCACCACCACCAGUGCCCCGCUGACAGGCAGCCCUGACUUCCGCCCGCCCGGCUUCGACACGGCAAGUUUCAUCGGGGGCAUCGUGCUGGUGCUGUGCGUCCAGGCCGUCGCCUUCUUCGUCAUCAAGUUCAUCAAGUCGAAGGACAGCACCUACCAAACGCUAGAGGACAACCAGUAGGUUCUGGGUGCCGGCGGCAGGGGGAGGGGGUGUCCACCCGCAGCCCCAGAGCUUCACCCUUCCUUCGCACCCCCCGGGCAGAGGGGAGGAGGGCCCUCCCUCCUGGUUUGCAUGACGGGUGUUUCCCAGCUGGUUUUGCCGUUUCCUGUGGGUUUCCUGUUAGGGAUGGAAGGGAAGGGGUCCCCCCCGCCCCCUUUCCGGCACGGAGCCCCUCAGGGCUGCAGCCCCACACAGCCCCUUCUGCCACCUGGGCGAGGGGUCCCCAGUGCCCCCAGCCUCACCACAGCGGGGUGCAGCCCCCUCACCCUGAGCAUCCUCAACAGCACGGGAACUGCGGGGCUCCCAGCCUGGCCACAGUUUGACCCCAGCUCGCACCCAGCAGCCCCCUUCCCACUCUCGGCACCCCCUGCCCCAUCGCCUCCCCACAGCCUUGAGGCUCGUGGGGCUGGGGGGUGCCCUCCUCCCCUCGUGGAUUCUUGGGUGCUUUUCCCUCCAGCAUUUUGGCCAGAGCACCCAGCCCUGCCCUGACACCCCCCCAGUCCCCCGUGCCCGCCGAGGAGCGGAGCCAGGGCCCUGCUGUGUGCUUUUGCUGUGCCUCUGUGUGCUCUGGGGGGGGGCUGGGGGCUUCCCUCUCCCCCACCCUCUUUCUGUGUGCUGUUUUGGGGAGGGGGCUGCGUGUCGUGUGCUGUGGGGUGACGCUUGUAGCUCGGGCUGCCCCCAUUAAACUCUGGUGGUGGUGUCUGUGUUGUGUCCGGGGGGUUCCUGUGGCUGGGGAGGUGUAUGGGAUCCCCCCCUGCUGCAGGUGGAGUCCAGUGCAGUCCAACCCCUCCCCAUGGUGUGGGUGGGCACUGGGACACCACCUGCACCCCCCUCCCUGGGGGCUGCGAGGGGCUGGGACCCACAGGGUGAAGCCCCCAGGACCUUUCCUGCCACAUCUCCUUUCUGUCCCAUGCACCAGGAUCUGAGGGCUCCGCGCCUCCAGGCUGGGGGGGGACGCUGUCCCCGCCCUCCCCAGGUGAAGAGGCCACUGCUGGUGUCCCCCUGCCCGCGGCCGGACUGUCCCCCCGCGCAGGCCCCCCACACCCGACUAUGCAAAGCUGGGACAUGGCCCCCAGGCCCGACCCCGUCCCUGUCCCCAGCGUGGGGCUGGGGAUGCUCCGGGGUUUGCACCUCCGGCUGCUCCCAGGGGAUGCAGGGGGGGCCCAUCCAGCCCCGAAUUCCACCUUGGGCCCCCCACCCUGUGCUUGCCAGAUGCCAUGGGGACCUGUGGCCAUGGGUGGCAGUGGGGGGGCCCUUUGCUGGCCUCAGCCCCACACCGGGCAGAGCCCGAGCUGGAACGGGGGGGACAGAAACCAAUAAAGGAUUUUCCUGUAA